AUGGCGGGUGAGAAAAAAACAAGCGAGAAGGCGCCUGGCAAGAAGAAGCCAAGUGAGAAGAAGCCAGCUGAGCAGAAAGCUGGGCAGAAGGAAGGAGGCGAGAAGAAGAAGAGAGUGAGGAAGCACCAUGCCAGCCGUAACCCUGUCCUGGCCCGGGGCAUCGGGAGAUAUUCCCGCUCAGCCAUGUACGCCAGGAAAGCUCUGUACAAGCGCAAGUACACUGCUCCGGAGACAAAGAUAGAAAAGAAAAAGAAAGAAAAGCCACGUGCCACCAUCACCAAACCGGUUGGUGGAGACAAGAACGGGGGCAGCCGCGUGGUGAAGAUCCGCAAAAUGCCCAGAUACUAUCCCACCGAAGAUGUUCCUCGCAAGCUUCUGAGUCACGGCAAGAAGCCCUUUUCCCAGCACAAGAGGCGGCUGAGGGCCUCCAUUACCCCAGGAACCGUCCUGAUCCUCCUGACCGGCCGUCACAGGGGCAAGCGUGUCGUCUUCUUGAAGCAACUUGAUACUGGCCUUCUGCUGGUUACAGGACCCUUGGCUAUCAAUCGUGUCCCUCUGCGUAGGGCCCAUCAGAAAUUUGUUAUUGCUACAUCUACAAAGGUUGAUAUCUCUGGAGUGAAAAUUCCCAAGCAUCUCACUGAUGCCUACUUCAAGAAGAAGAGGCUGCGUAAGCCCAAGCACCAGGAAGGCGAGAUCUUUGACACUGAAAAAGAAAAAUACGAGCUAACGGAGCAGCGCAAGACAGACCAGAAGGCGGUGGAUUCACAGGUCCUUGCGCAAAUCAAGAAGGUGCCUCAGCUCCGUGGGUACCUGCGUUCUACAUUCUGUCUCUCAAAUGGAGUCUAUCCUCACAAAUUGGUGUUUUAACUGCUCAGAAAACACCACAUUAAAUUUGAAAGGAAAAAAAAAAAAAAAAA